UUCACUUCACACAUAUCAUUCAGCCACUCCUCUUUACUCAAGAACUACUGCCACAAUUGCACAUCUACACAUAACAUCUGACAGAAGGACCUGUGCUUGUGGGCAGUCAAGAUGUUGCUGAUAGUAGUGGCUGUAUUUCUCAUCAGGGGGGCCUUUCAGCCCCCAUGGGCAACAGCUUUCAAACCCUUAUCUUCCGAGGGCUCCCUCACCCAUCGACAAAUCACUGAGACGGCCAUUCUCCGCAAGACAGCAGAAGUGUGCCGUGACUUAGCCAUUGCUGAGGGGCAAGACUUCGAGCUAACUAUCGACAACACCCUGACUGUAUUUGCUGUCGAACAAGCCUGCUCAGAAUUAAAUUCUCUCCAAUCCACACAUGACUUUCAAUCAGCUAUUACCAGUACUUAUUAUUCUAAUGCUGCUGUGGACGUAGAUCAUAUCCAUCCUGAACAGCACUGUGAUGCUGAGAAAAUCAGGGAAGCGCAGCAGCUUAUUACUGAUGGCUUGAAAUCAGUGAAAAUCAACAUAGAUAAGGAAAGCUAUGAUUCCGCCCGCAACAGUUUGGGGAAAAUAUGUCAUACUUUACAGGAUUUCUACAGCCACAGUAACUGGGUGGAACUGGAUAAAAGUGUUCCUUUUAGCAAACUCAUCAACAGGGACGAAAUAAUUGACAACAUAGCAGAUACCAACACAAAAACAUGCAGAAACUGCAACGGAGAUAAUUGCAAUGAUAAUAUACUCCCAGAAUUAAAAGAGAAGAACCUCCUAACCUCAGGAUAUUUCGGUGUGUUUUCCUCAUCCAAACCUGAAGGCAAGUGUAGCCACGGUGGCAAAAGUGACUUGACUAGUUUUGAAGAACCUACUGGAGGAAUCAAUAAAGAUGAGAUCACCUCAAGUCAUGGCAUCUAUCACAAGCGUGCUGCAGAUCUGGCCAUCAGUGCUACCAUGGAGUUGCUGGAAGACAUUCGACUGGCCAAAGGCAACGUGGCAUUUCUUCAAUUGGUGGGGAUGAACAAGACGUCAGUGCUGGCUUUUGUUAUUGACACCACAGGCAGUAUGUCUGAUGACAUCGAAGAGGCAAAGAGAGUCUCCUUUAACAUUAUUGACAGCAGAAUAGAAUCAGUAGAGAAACCUUCCGAAUAUAUCCUAGUUCCAUUUAAUGACCCAGAUUUUGGACCAUUAAUAAAAACUCGGAAUGCAGAGAAUUUCAAAAAGGCAAUCAGUUUGCUCAAAGCUAAUGGCGGAGGAGAUGAACCAGAAAUGUGCUUAUCAGGACUUGAGCUGGCACUGGCCAUGGCUCCUCCAUAUUCAGACAUUUAUGUGUUUACUGAUGCUGGAGCAAAAGACUUUGGAUUAGAAAGCACAAUUCGAGCCAUGAUAGAAUGGACCAAGUCAAGAGUCAAUUUCAUGCUGACAAAAGUCUUUUCAUUACGCAAAAGAAGGCACGUCUCACGUUCUCAGCGUUCCUCAACAAGAAAGUCUCGGUCAGGAAUACAGCUGUACAGAGACUUGGCAGAUGUUUCUGGUGGACAGGCAAUAGAGGUCACUAAGAGUACACUGUCUCAGGCCACUGCAGUUAUUACUGAUUCAUCUGCAUCUGCUCUGGUGACUGUCCUUCAGGUAGUGAGAAAUCCAGCCACGGCAGAACAUUUUUCUUUUGUGUUGGAUUCAUCUCUGUCCAAUGUGACUCUGUAUAUCACAGGGGUCUCUCCAGUCUUUACCCUCUACAACCCAACAGGUGCAUCUCAGUCAGGAUCAGUGAAAGAUGGCCCUCUAGGUAGCAUUCAGACUGUGGGGAAUCUAUGGAGAAUUAAACUCAACUCAAAGAAUCAGAAAGGGGUAUGGGGCAUCAGUAUUAACUCUGCAAGCCCCUACACCAUUAAAAUCAGGGGUCAGAGUUAUUUUAAUUUUUUCUUCACCUUCGUGGGGUCUGAAGGACUUCAUGGGGACUUAGUGCCAAAAGACAAUCGCCCUAUCAGUGGUGGAAAUGGCACCUUGUUCCUCUCUGUGACUGGAGGUGAAUUGAUCACAGUGACUGACGUACUUCUAGUUGAAGCUUCAGGGUUGAAUAUUGUUAAUGGAACCAUUCAAUCAUUGGGUGGGUCAGACUACCUGAUACACUUACAAAGAAUCCCAGAAUGGCCAUUUGUAGUCCAACUGAAAGGUCUGUUGAAUGACCUUAAUGGAUCCUCACUCUGCCAAUUCCAGAGACAGUCAUCCACUCAACAAAGAGCCUCUAGCAUUAAAAUCACGGCCGAUUCACAGAGCACUUUACAGCCUGGAAUCCCUCUGAAUGUCAACUUUACAUUGACCAGUAAGGAAACAAAAGGCAGCUAUACCAUCCGAGCCAGGAAUGACCGUGGUUUCAAGGUCUCUGUCCCCAGUUCCCUGAGUGGGAAGGCAGGAGGAAGCACUCGGGGAACCGCAACGCUGACCCCUCCCUCCAACACAGAGUCUGGGACUGAUGUCACUCUCAUCAUUGAGGCAGAAGAUCCAGGGUCCGCUGACUUGAAUUAUGUGACACUGCGACUCACCGUCAUGGCUGAGAUAACUGAUGUCUCUAAACCUGUGUGUGAAAUAGUGAGCAUUAAAGCUGACUGCCCUGUGGUGUGCAGCAAUGCAUCGUGGGAACUUUCUGCAAACCUGACGGAUGGUAAUGGUACAGGCAUAGCCAAAGUGUUCAUAAACAUCGGCAACGGCUCUCUCAGUACAAGUCAACUAAUGAGUGAGGAUGGCACUAAUGUGACCGUAGCUUUCUACAAUGCUUCCUGCUGUUCUCCAGAGGUGCAGGUAGUGGCUGUGGAUGGGGUGGGAAAUGUGGGGACAUGUUUCACUUCUAUAAAAAAGAAAUUUGCCACAAACACGUCAGUAAAGCUCUCAAUGGCUGCCACAUUUAAGUUUAUUUUGCUUUUCAUCUUUGUUGUUUUCUUUAUGUGGUAAAGGGAAACUUAAGGCCCAUUCUGGAUAUUAAGAUAUAGUGUUAACAUGCUGAGUAAACAUAUUUACAUAGAUUUUUAUUCUGACACACUGUCUGUCUGUCACGCUUAGAUGUAAGAGCGCUGUUUGUUACGCUGUGUAAGAAAUUUUACCCAUGUAUCUAAGUACAAUAAUGACUUAUUUUUGCUUUGUGAUCAUUCAAAGAGGAGCAUCUCCAUGUUUUUCUGAUGAAUAUUUUAUAACUUUAAAAAAUAAUGUAUAUGUAGAAUAGAAGCAGUAGACCAAAACAAAUUGAUAAAUGUGAUUAAUAAAUGUAAUGAUCAGGUACUUUAACACCUGCUUGUCCAGUUGUAUAAAUGUGGCCAAAUAAAUCCGCCUAGAUUGUCCUGGAUUUUUAUGAAAUAUAGUAUACUGAAAUAGAUUGCUUUGCUUUAGCUCAACAGGAGUUCCUUAUGAGUCAAAUUGCAUGCUUACUAAAAACAACAUAAACCUAUAGACGGUUUCAUCAGACACACGUGAUACACGUCUGGAUCCGAACCUUACUUCCGGUUUCGUUUUUUUAAUGGUCUGACUAGUUGCUAAACUAAUCUCUUGAACAAAUGCCUCGUCGAAAAUAACAAAUGUUUUGGUUUCCUGGGUAAUCUAUGUAUUGGUUUUUUGCUUGUUAUAUAAAUAAACUACGUUUAAAGUACUUUGUUGUUAUUUAUUCUUAGCGGAGUUUACCGGAAGU